CCCCACACGCCUUUGUACUUUCCUACAUAACUUUUGUACUGCUCUUUAUCAUCUAUUGGUCUCCUCCUUGUCCUAGCGUAAUUUUGCAAGGACCUCAAGCUCAACAAGGACGCUAAGCCCAACACCCAUGUGUUAACCCGACUUGCAAACCUCUUUCAUAGCUGUACAUACCUUAGGUUGCCUUGGGGCUCAGCUGUCAUAGCCGUAAGGCACCACUGAGAGCUCAGCGUCGCUAAGCAUGAUAUGCGAACCCAGCUUGCAGCUUGCUUGUGCAGCUCGUGUUGUACGCAUGUAGCGGCUUGAGGAGAUCCGGCACCUGGCUCCUUCAGGGUAGCCAUCACAGCUGCCCGAAAUGGCUGGCGCAGCUCCCGUCAAAUGGGAGGACGAGGUUCUCAGGAAAUUUUACCGUUCAUUUCACAAACAUGGUGCAAGCGGUUGGGCGAAGGUUGCCAGGGACACCAAGAUGUCAGUUGAGCAGUGUGAGGCGCUGCAUAGGCAACACACCUCCUUUCUCAGCCUUCCUGCAAGCCAAGCCCUCGAGGCGGCUUUCGUGGCCCUUGUCAACGACCACUAUAACGCAACUCAAAAGCAGUUAAAAGACGAAGAUUUAGGGGAGGACACAACACGUAGCGGACGGCCAGCCCGGCGUGGAGCGGUCGAGCCGGAGGAGCCAGAUUCACAUGUCGCAAGCAGCAGCAGCCAGAAACCACGGCGCACUCCAAAGCCCACUCCCCAGCGCCUGGCCGCUGAGGAGGAGCAGCAGGCGCGGCGUCAGGCCAGAUCCAAUCAGGGCACCCCCAAAAGCGCUAAGUUCAAGCACAUGUUGAAGGCGCCCCCAUCACCCCCAGCUGGAGAAUGGACGUCAUCGCAGCGCAAGCGCACUCGCCGCCUAUUUGAGGACAACGGGGACUUGGAGGGGCCUCGAUACCGUUCACCCCCAGACCGUUGGCGCGGCCGGCAUAACACCGACGACGUUGACGAAGGCGUGGACGCACUGCUGUCACUGGCUUCCGGCGCACGCCCCUCAGCCCUCUUGGAUGAGGGACCAAGCGCGCACGAAGUAGCCGCCAGCACUGCCGAGCCGGAGGUUGACGAGCAGGAGCAGGAGCCCGUACUCGGUUCACCGAAACGAGCACGAGGCGGCCGAGGCGGCCGAACGCCAACUCCAACGGGGACGCCCCUAAAGGGUGCAGCGCGGUCAUCGUCUGCGACAGCAGCAGCCGCUGCCGCAGCAGAAGCGAUAUUGUUGCCAACCACGACUGGACUCCGCAGCCCAAGGGCUCGCGCUGCUGCUGCAGCAGCUGCUGUCGCGACGACCUCUGGCCGCGGUCCUCCAGCUGUAGCAGGGCGCCAGCGGAAAGAGCAGCAAGCUUCGCCCACAUCUUCACAGAAGGAGGCUGGCGACGACACAUCGCCAACGCAAGCAGGGGCUGACGCAGGCGACCUUGAUGCUGGCGAGGCAGCGACAACAGAACCCCAGGACGCGGACCGGGCAGCGGCUGAAGAAGGGCCAAGCGUUAGCAUUGCGGCGGGAAGACCAGUCCGCAAGCGGAAGCCGUCAGCGAUAGCCAUUGCAGCAGCUGCGGCAGCAGAGGAGGAGGAGGGGGGCAUUCGGGGGGAAGCAGCCGUUCUUGCAGCGGUGGUGGCGGCAGCAAGCGUGGUUCCUGGCUCAUUACCGCCAAUUCCGAUGCCGGACGACAUUGCGGCGUCUAUGCUGGAGGACGCAAGCGGUAGCGGCCCGGGCGCGGAUGACACGGCUGCCCUGCUCGCCUCAGUGCCGCCGGUAAGGACCCGAGGGUCGACCCGGGCCACUAGCAACGGCCCAGGCAGCCGGCGCGCAACUGAUCGGCCCUCACCGGCCGCUCCUCUUCCUCAAGCCCCCGCAGCUGCCGUUGCGGUUGCUGUGUCGGAGGCUGAGGAUCCAGGGGACGAACCUGCAGGGGAAUUACCCGGCGCGGUUCCAGGGCGAAGCCGUUCGACUGCUCCGGCGGAGCCUGCUGCGCCGCAGACCGGCGCGCGAUUGCGAAACCUGCCGUUGCCAGGGCGUACACGGCAACGGAAGUCGCGUCCAGAGCGGUUACCGCCGAUGUUUGAGUCGCUCAAAGUUCCGCUUUCGCAGCCGGGCCCAGGCAGCGUCAGCACGCUCGCCGGCAGCAUCGGGGAUGAAUCCACCGCUGGCGUUGCGGCGCAGUCAGCGGACGGUGCGUUGGGGCCAGCGUCCGACACCGCGGCGCCUACCGGCGCCGAGGCCGAGAGCCUGGCAACUGCAACGGGGCAGGCAGCUGCAGCAGCUAGCAUGGCUAAGCCGCAGAUGCUGGCAGCGGAGGUUGCGUUGCGUCACUGCCUGGGCACCCGCGUACGGCGGUGGUGCAUGUACGAGUUCCUGUACAGCGCCCUCGACCGACCUUGGUUCAUGCGCAACGAGCUCAUGGAAUUCUGCAUGCAUAUGCAGCUGCCGACUACGAAGUUGACCCGGCUGGAGUGGUCGGUGCUGCGGGCAGCGCUGGGCAGGCCGCGGCGGCUCUCCCUGGCGUUCCUGCGAGAGGAGCGCGUGCGGUUGGAGGGCUACCGGGAGCACGCUCGGUUGAAGUACGAGGAGGCUGCCCAGGGCAUGGACUUCCCAAUGGAGCUGCCACGACAGCUCCGGGUCGGCCAGGAGGUCACCGCACGGCACCCCAUCUCGCGGCAGCUGCACGACGGCGUCAUCCUCACCGUCAAGGGCAGCAAGUACAGGGUUCAGUUCCACCGCGGCGACCUGAUGACGGAGGUUAUCCGGGACACCGACGUCAUGCCCCUCGACCCGUUCGAGUGCUUGCCGCUGCACACGUCCUUCCUGCCGGCGAUGCUCAACGGCCGCACCUUCGACGCCGUGCGUCUGGCGGCGCUGCGCGGCCUCGUGCCAGGCAUGGUUGCUCCGCCGCUGGGCGCCAAUCUGCGGCCGGUUGGGUCCUGGGCGGCCGGUCUGGAUACGCAGAUGAUGCGAGCACAGGACGCCGCGAUGGUGGCCGAGGUGGAGCGCGCCCUGCAGGUGAAGGAGGCCCUGGUAGCGCGCCUGGCGCAGCUCAACAACGAGGCGGCGUCCGGGCUGCACACGGACGAGCACGGCGGGCGCACCGAGCGCUUCCAGCUGCAGUACACGGAGGUCGUGCUGCAGCUGAAGGAGACCAACACCACGCUGGAAAGCGCACUGACACGGCUGCAGAGCCGUCAGCAGCAAGUCACGUCGGCCGCCGAUGCGAUGAGGGCGCUGCAGCCGCCGCAGCUGGCAGUUCCGGCGGCAGCAGCCAUGUUCCCGGGCGCCGGCGCACCGCGGGUUGGCGGCCCAGUGGCGGGCCUACCAAGCGCGCCGUCGCCACUUGCGCAGGCGCAACCGCAGCAGGCGCCUGCCCAAGCAGCGCCGCUGUCGCAAUCGCAGCAACCGCAGCACGUGCCAGCGCUGGCAAGCGACCCUUCGCCCAGUGCGUCCGUUGCAGAGCAGCAAUCCCAGCAGGCGCAAGAGCGUGCUACAAACGCAAAGGCGCCAAUGCCACUCCCGGCAGCUUCAGGGAAUGUGCCGACUCUUGCACCGCAGCCGCGGCCGGCUGUCGCAUCUGCUGCUCCAAUCGCACAGGCGCUGUACCCAUUACCUGCCCAAGCGUCGCCGCUGCCGGUUCCCGCGCAAGGCCUCAGCCCUGACCAUCUAGUUCAGCAGGCAAUGGAGGAGGCGCGGGCGGUCGUUGAUGCGUGCCGGAACAAGGGCGCGGAGACGCUGCCGCCGCAGCCAUUGCUGUUGCCACCUGCGCCUCAGCCGCUGCCCGUGGUAGGGCCCAUAGUCACGAUGCAGGUGCAGGCGCCAGGCGGUGCGGUGGUGCCUCUCGUGCUCCCCCCUGGAGCGGUGAUGCCACCGCAGCUGGUGCAACAGCAAGCAGUUGCUGUGGACAGCCCGCAGCAAGCCGGCCAACCCGAGCACUUGCCAGGGCAGCAGGCGGCAGGGGCAAAUGGUGAUGCCGCGGCGGGUGGCGGUGAGGACGCAGCAGCGGCUUCGGUCCAGGUAAAGACGGAGGAGAAGGAGGAAGAGCAUCAUCGCGCAGCCGUCGUAGCAGGGCCAAAAUCGCGGGAGCAGCCUCUAGGGGAGGAGGAGUUGGCGGAGAGCUGGUUGCGGGACGUCAUCGUCGGCUGCGUCGGGGUGCUCUUCACCAUCCAGAAGUGCACUGCUGGCAAUGUUCCAGCUGAAACAGUGGCAGACGCGCUGGACAUGGCGGUGCAGCAGCUGCAAAUAAAGACGGACGGCGAGAACGAGGCGCUGUACCGUGAUAUCGUGCAAUCGGUGCAGGGCUUAAAGGGCCACCUGACGAGAGCGCUUGCUUGAGUAGGCGAGGCCCCAGAUUGGGCUAACGUCUUAACGACUUCUUGGACCUUGUGACAUGCAUGGCAUUUUACGUUUGUUGUUUAUCGCAUGUGAACUUGUUGCGCAUAGGUACUUACGCACGGCAUGGGCUUUCCUAAAUCCGCCUCAUAGUGUGAGUUCUUUUGAAGACCUUAUGUAAGCAUGUUGGACUCUUUGCCUACAGGCAGUUGCUUUAUGAAAAUGCGUAAAGGUAGUUCGCCUCCCAGUAAUGAAGGUCAGGCUGCGCGAGUUUGCUGGUGCCAAAAGUCCGCAUGGUGUGACGUCGACGCAUUUCCGCUUCUGUAGGCGACUGCUGGUCGACAAUACCAACCGAGUUGCUGCAUGUGAUUUUGUCGUAUGGAGACUUGGAGACGAUUAAGGUUGCGCGCCUUGUAUGCAAAGGAUGGAGACCAGCUCAAGCGCGCCUGGAACCAUGCGUACCGAUUCGUCUCUGCCCUCUUGAUGAAGCGGCACAUCCCGCAGCUUUGCACGCUAGCGCAUCCGCCGACUGCCCCGCCGGUCCCGAAACCCCCGCGCACGACGACCAGCAAACCGUAGCAACAGCAUCCCGUGCUAGGGAAACGGCUUGGCCCCAAGGCCAUGCUGCUUCACCUGCAGUGGGUCUAUUGGGCUGGUUAUCGUCCACCUUCGGCGGUCAGUUGGAGCAAGAAGGAACUGUUGUGCUGACGGUGCAAGAAGGUCGGUCCGGUUUACAAAGCCAGCGGAGCAUCCGGGGCGCCAGCAGCAGGACUGCCGCUGCGCACGGCAGCGGAGCUCGUACGCCCAAGGCUGGUGGAGACGAUGGCACGGCCAUCGGAAAUGGCGCGACCGUUGGUGACCGCAGCGUUGGCCACGGUACGUCACUCUCCUCCGUGCUCCACCACUUGGCUGCGACCGGCCAGCAACACCUGCGUAUACAACACGCGGCAGCAUCUGCAGCAGCUGGCGUCCUGUCACCUUACUCCUGUGGCAUCACCCAAGCCGGCAUCUGGCGUCACCUCGACCGCACCCCCCGCGGCCGCGGUCUGGGAGAGACCGCCCUCCAGCCAUACCACCCAUGCAGCUGCGGUACCGGCACCUCUACCGCUUCGUCCUCCUCCUCUUCUCCUCUCCCUAGCAGCGGCGGCUGCGACUGCUGGGGCGCCACUGCGCUGCCGCCGCCACAGCGCCACCUGCCUGCGCCGGGCCUGUCAGCCCUGACGGCGCUGCAUGGGUUGCGUUCGCUGGAGCUGUACGGCAUCUCCUUCCGGCCUGCACUGCUGGCCAGCCUGACGUCCCUCGCGCAGCUGACGCGGCUGUGUGUGGACCUGCCGUUACCGGUCAACGCGGCUGCCGCUUGUUUGCCCCGACUGACCACGCUGCAGUGCCUGCACUUCACCGUCACGUGGCCAGCUAAGACCGUUGCGGCGGCAGUCGCGACGGGUGCGGGGGCCGGCGCAGCGUCGCUGCCGCCGGCGCGGCAGCAUCAGCAGCACCAGGCCUCUCUCCGCAAUAGUACAGAAAGCACGCCGAGUUCCGCCGCCCGAACACGAUCGAGAAGCGAUAACAGCAACAGCAGCAGCCCCAGCAGCAGCCAGCUAGACCACGAACUAGAACUCCUUCUGUCGUCACCCAACGCUAACUGCGACCACAAGGAAGGCGACGAUGACGACGACGAGUCCGGUCUAAGCGACGAAGGCGAUGACUUCUACCUCCACAACCUCCCCUCCUCCGGUGCUUCCGCUCUCACUUUGGAGCAAGUGCUCCCCACCCUGGCUGCCUUGACCGCCUUGCCUUCCCUGACCGACCUCCGACUCAGCGUGUGCUGCGAGAGCAUGGCGCGCUCGUUGCUCGCGCCGCCUGAGCUUCUGGCGGCGGCGCGUCGCGCCUGCCCGCGACUGUGUCGCUUCGGCUUCCGCGUGCUAUCCGAAUGGCAGUUGGCGCCCAAGACGCUGUACAACUGGCUGGCGGCUGACUCGGCAGGGCAUCACGCGCUGAGCCCCAUUCGUGACGACUCCGCAGGGCCCGACAAGCAGGUCUUCAUUUGGCAGCGGCUUGAAUGGUGCAGCUGCUGCCAGCCGGAAUCUCAGGGCGCUAACGGAAGCCAUGAAGGCUAUUUCGAAGGCGGCGCUGCCACACUGAGCAGCCCUUCAGCAGCUGUAGCAACCCCAACCAGCUGCAGGCCACAACAACUCAGCGCUGCUCAUG